CCUCUCCUUCAGAUCUUUGUUCAUUCGCUCUGAGCUCUGAGUGCAAACAGUCACCAGAGUAAAAGCCAGAAACAAGCAGAGACACGUGGAAACAGAGAGGCUGGAUUUAUCCAAGGUGGACUGAAUUCUGAACAUUCAAAAGGCAAAAAGUGGUGUCCUGUCUACAACUGAAGCUGAGUGGAGUGGCGUUAUACCAAACUGAGAGGAGAAUAUCAACUGACCUGAGUGCAGCCGGACAGGUUGAGGUGGAUGAGAUUGUGGCAACCCUUCCCUGUGGUCAGCUCUUCUAACUGAAUAGACAAUCUCUGCAGUGCACAGGAUGCGUGUCACUUCCUCUCUCCUCUUAGCAUCACUGCUUCUCCUCCUGCUCCCGUCAGCCGAAAUGAAAAGGCCGGGGAAAGGCAGAGGCCUCAAAGGAGUCAGACACAAGCUUGCACGGGAAAGGGUAAGAGGUGCUGGGCGUCACAGCAGAGCGGGCCCCUCCAGGCUUGUGGCACCUGACUGCACGGAGUUGAGAGAAUCUGGAGACGUCUUUGUAGACUGUCAGGAGCGGCGCCUCACCUCCAUUCCAACCUCACAGACCUGGUCUAAUCAACCAAAGCACCUCCUUCUAGCACGCAACCGAAUCAAAGUCCUUCGUGAUGGGGCCUUCCAAGGAUUUGAAAGUUUAACUAGUCUGGACUUGCAGCAAAAUCAGAUCUCUCUAGUGGAGGAAGGGGCCUUUGAGGGCCUGACACGCCUUACAACUCUACUGCUGCAGCACAACCGACUGGGAACACUUAGCGAGGAGGCCCUCAUCCCCAUGCCAAACCUUCGCUACCUGCGCCUAUAUGAUAAUCCCUGGAUUUGUCUCUGCCCGAUGGACAGUCUCAUACGCACCCUUCAGGUCCCAAGCAACCGGAAUCUAGGAAGUCAUGCCAGGUGUGCAGAGCCCACCAGACUAAAAAACAUGAAGUUGAAGCUGAUUGACCCCGAGUUACUCUGUAAGGAGACAGACCCAGCUGAUGAUCCACAGGGCGACCAAACAGAUCCUAUUCCAAUUCGCACAAAACCAGAUGCCACCACAGCUUGCCAUACCUACCUUUUCCCCCAAAUACGAAUGGACUGCAGUAACCGGGGUCUAACUGAGGUGCCUACAGGUAUUCCAGAUGAUGUUGUUCAUAUCGAUCUGUCCCGUAAUUCAAUUCAUCGUCUCAAAGCCAAAGAUUUUCAGGGAGCGAGGAGCCUCAAAACCCUAAACAUCAGUAAUAACAACAUGGAGCACAUUGACACAGCUUCCCUGUCUGGGCUGCUGCACCUUCGUGAGUUGGACCUGUCCCACAACAAUCUGUAUUCUGUCCAGUACGGGGUUCUUGAAGACCUGUACUUCCUGUCACAGCUAAAACUGGAAGGGAACCCCUGGGUGUGUGACUAUAGCAUCCACUACAUGGUGUACUGGCUACGUCUGCACCCGGUGGUGAGGCACUCUGGCCUGGUGUGUCGUUCCCCUCCUGAAUACACUGGGGAGAGUGUAGCGCAGUAUGUACUUUCCUACAACCGAGAGUGUCCAAAGGAAAGACAGCACAGCAGAACAGGUCAAGACCAAACGGACCCUGAACUGUGGAACACACCAAUGGAAGUGCGGGGAGAGCUGGAGGAACUGGAGGAGGAUCUGGAGCCAAGCCAUUUGAGAGCACCGCAGAAAUACCAGAUUUUCAGGCUUUCAUGAUUCAAGAGAAAAUUGACCUAACAUUUGACUAUAAAAAAGCUAUUUUUUCCCUUUUCUUUCAAUAUUAUAAAAACGUCUGUAUCAGAUGAAGAAACUAUAUUGGCAGUGUUGCUUUUAUGUUUGUUUUCUUUUAAUCAAAAUACAAGAGCUACCAACUUAUUGGCAGCAGCAACUGCUUCUAUAGAACAUGAUAUGUAUGGGUCAGUGAAACAUGGGUGCUCAUUAAAUACGAGAAAAAAACUUAAUUCAAGUGCCAUACUCACUGAUACAUUUCAUGCUGGGCCAUUUAAGAGAUGUGCAGCCACGCAGGUUGAGAUGAAUCACAAAUGGGCGGUAGUUCUGCAGAAUCUGCUUCAUUGUGCUCUCUGUUAUCCAGUCUUUCUCCACAGAGAAGUUGAUCUAAAAGGGACACACAAUUAGGAAACAUUUAUCCUCCUAUUUCAAGUACAACUUUAAACACCACUGUGGAUUAAAUACAAAGAGCAAUCUCCCAGUACCUGACUCCACAAUGUGCCUGACUGGAUGAUAGCUUUCCAUGUGCAACACACCUCAGCACAAUUCAGCCAAUCUUGCAACUCUAAAUACUGAAAGAUCUGCAGAAAAAAGAACAACCAUAUGUCAUAGUUGAUCAUUUGGAAAGGUGGACAUGUAUAAAAUUCCUUUCUACUUAUUUCACUUCUAUCUGAAUACUUAAAGGUUUUCCCACAUUGCUCUGCUCCACACUGUUCUUUUCAAAGUAAAAAGAUUAAAGCACACCCUUCGAUGCCAAAACAGAUUAAAGCAAUUAAGUCAUUUCCAUUUUGAUCACAUGAUAAAUACUUUAGGUUUAUUUUCUCAUACAAUCAGCUGUCAGUUUGCAAAUGUUUGUGAAAUUUUCCCUAUCAUCAUAAGACUUGUGUGAAGCUAAACAUUUUUGCAAAGUGCCUAAUAAACAGAAAGAAGAAGAAGCACAAAUUAAAGGGAAAAAAACCUUGCUGAGAUGUUUUAUAAAAAUUUCUGGUCACGUUGCUUCUGUUCUCUCUUAUGCUCUCU